GUCAAAUGCUCACUGUUGUGUACACUGUAUCAUUUUAUGCAACUUAAAUUGACAUGCUUCACUAAUAAACACAAAUACCUUUGCUAUGGUAUUAUAACUACGUUAACGACGGUUUAGAAAGUAGUUUUAGGUGUAGACAUUCAGUUGGUAGAAUUUCAGUUUAUGUAGAUGAUGUUAUAAUUUAUUUUCUCGAGUGACGGAAGUAUAUUAUUUCUCAGUGCUGUAGGCUCCUGAAUACUAAUUACGGGUUUCUUUUUGUGUAAAGGAGAUAUAUUUAAAGUCGUCAAUGCGAAGCGGGGCGCUAGCGGCGAUGGAGGCUGAGCCUGACCUCAGCACCUUUGAGAACAAGUCGGGCUUGGCCGAGGACAUGAAGUUCCUCGCGUCCAUGCCCGAGCUGUGUGACGUCACGUUUCUCGUGGGUGACACCAGGGAGCCGGUGUGCGCGGUGAAAGCCGUGCUCGCUGCGAGGAGCAGGGUAUUCCAAAAAAUGCUGUACCAAGCCCCCAGUCCUCAAAGGAAAAAGGAACCGGCUCCUCGUGAGAACAAGUUGAGACUCUUCCUCAAACGCUCAUCCGAACCUUUGCUCAACCUACAGAAUGCUGCUCAACAGAGGUCGACAUUCGCGCAGCAAUUGGCUCCGAUACAAGAGCCAUCUUCUCAGCAACAUCAGACCUUGAUCAUCGAGGAGUUUGAACCUGACGUCUUUCGUCAGUUGAUCGAAUACAUUCACACGGGCUGCGUCACUUUGCAACCAAGAACAUUGCUCGGAGUAAUGAACGCCGCGGACUACUACGGCCUGGACGAGUUGCGCCGCGCGUGCGCAGGUUUUGUCCAAUGUUGCAUCACAGUGGACACCGUGUGCGCAUUGUUAGCCUCCGCCGAGCGGUACAUCCAAUAUAAGUGUACCAAGUCGCUGGUACAGAAGGUCUUGGAGUUUGUAGACGAGCACGGCAACGAGGUGUUGAACCUGGGUUCUUUUACUCUGCUCCCCCAACACGUGGUGCGACUGAUACUAGCCAGGGAUGAGUUGAGAGCUGACGAAUUUACCAAGUUCCAGGCAGCCUUGAUGUGGAGCAAGAAGUACUGCGAUACGAACCCGAACAUGUCUCUGAAGGAUGUGAUCGGCAACUUCCUGGAGUACAUCCAGUUCCAUAAGAUUCCCGCCAACGUAUUGAUGCGGGAGGUCCAUCCGCUCGGUCUGGUGCCCUACUCCAUCAUCAUGAACGCGCUGGCUUACCAGGCAGACCCGGCCAGCAUAGACCCAGGCAAGCUGUCCCCGGCCCGCGUGCGGCGCGCCGGCCGCUCCAUGUCCGUGCAGUCCUCCCUCGACCCCUACGGGUCCAACACCACCCUCUCCUCCACUGGCUCGAGCGAUGUCCCCUCUUCAGACUCUCGGCACAACUAACG